AUGGCUUCAUGGGAGGAUAUAAAGAAUCAUUCGGAUGAGGAUGAAGACUCCAAAUAUGAAGCACAAAUCUAUUUUAUGGCUGGUCAUGAUCAAUUAGAUGAGAUUUGCCUAGCAUCCAAGAAGAAGAAAGACAUGUGGUACUUGGAUAGCGGAUGUUCUAGGCACAUGACGAGAAAGUCAACAUUCUUUGUCAAACCCAACAUGUAUAAUGGAAGAUUUGUGACUUUUGGUGAUGACGGUAAAGCUAAUGAAUCACUUUGUGCUGAUUUUGGUAGACUCAUGACUAGUGAAUUUGACAUGAGUAUGAUGGGUAAACCUAACUUCGUCCUUGGGCUUCAAAUAAAACAAACUCCUAAUAGAACUUUUAUUCACCUAGAGAAGUAUGCCAAUGAACUAGUUAAGAAGUUUGGAAUAGAGAAUGCCAAACCCAUGGACACUUUCAUGCACCCAAACUCAUGGUUGGAAAAGGGUGAAACUGAGAAAGAUGUUGAUGAGACUAGGUAUGAGAGAUAA